AUGGUCGACCACAACGAGAGCGCUCUCGCCCGCGCUGCCAGCAACAACCUCGCCGCCGUCGCCGAGUCGCCUGCGCCCGAGACAGCGCCACGUGACGCCAGCAAGGUUGCCGACGGCGUGCCGAGCCCGCCGGCGCACGAUCACCACCACCACCACCACAGCAGCAGCAGCGGCAGCGAAGCCCGCGACCCGGACGGCACCAGCAACGCGAACUCGGCGCACGACGGCAGCCCAGAAGUCGACAUCUCGGAUUUCAGCAGCGACGCCAGCAGCACCCAGAGCCUCGACGACUACCCGGGUCUGACCCUGGGAGCCGAGUACGGUUCGAGCAAUGACCUUUUAUCCUUCCCCGAACAAGAUGGUCAGCCGUUCGGCGAACUCGUCGAAGAUCUCAGCCACUUCUACUACGCACCAACCAUGGACUUCGUCUCCGAUUUCGCCGACGGGCUGUCGUCCACCGCUUCCAACAAUUCCUACCUCGACCCCGACGACCAGGACAUGAACAUACACGAUCCCUUUUCUUUCGCGACAGCUGCCCCUUCUGACCCCACCACGCCUUCUUACGUGGCGCCGCCCGACUUCGGUGACGGCCUGCAGUACGAUGAUAUGGCUCUUGACAAUGACGACGACCACGACGACCACGGCGACAACGACGGAUACGCGUUCGCAGAUCAGGGCUUCGGCGACGAGGUCAGUGAUGGCUUACACAGCGCUCACCUCCGCUUUAUCAGAGACGAUGGCAGCCUGAUCGAACGUUCCGACCUCUUUGGCUUUGCGCACGAUAGACUCCCCUCAGCCAUGUUCUUCGGAGCCGUCAACGACCCGAACGAUUCUUGCGACGACCGGGAUACCGACAAAUUCUACGCCUCCGACGACGAGGUUUCUAUGGGGGACGCCGCCAUGGAUUCGGAACCACCUGGGCGAGGCAGAUCGACGGACACUCGCAUACACCACGACGGAGCGAUCGCCGAAGAUCAUCGGGUUGACCACGAGGCGAGCGCGCAUCCUGUACCCCUCGGUACGCCCCACCUACCCUCGUUCGAUGCCGUCUACGCCCAACACAACGAUGGUGAAGUUGAUGGAGACUUCAAUAAUCAAGGUGGGCUAUCAAUGCAUACCGAAAGUAUGAAAGCCUCUUUCCUAAACUCUUCUGCUGCCGUGUCUUCCCGCACAAUUGUACAAGCGCCAAGCCCUAGAAACAUUCGACUCGCCGAUGACCGCCUAUUCAACAUGGAAGGCAUCUCGCUGCAGAAACUAGGCUUUAGUUUUGCAAACCGAUUUUCUACCUUGGUUGGGACAAGAAUCUCGCAGAUUCUUGUCGCUGCUAAGCGCCACCUGGAAAAAGGCUUUAUACCCGGUGUUUUACAUACUGAUAUCUUUGUCAACCAGCCGAUAAUCUCCUUUCUGUCUGGGUCGAGGGUUCUAUAUGCGUCCCCGCAUAGCCCUGCCCGGUACAGAAAGCUUGUGCUGGCUCUUGUUUCAUGCGAAUCUUCCAGAUUGGACACCGCUCUGAGUGGAAGUGUACCCUUCAUCCUCCCGCAGGCCCCAGCCCUGCCGCGAUGCCAUCCUGAAGAACAGUGCCCUUCGCAAUGCGAAACAGCAAAAAACAGCACUGGAGCGUCCUCGUCUUCUACGGGGCCGGCACGUCCUCUUCUGACAGAAGAGCAGUAUUAUGACCUUCAUCAACCUUCGGAGUACUCCAUUUAUUAUAUCCAGCCCGCCUUGAUUUUGCAAACAUUCGCAGAUCAGGAACACAUUGCUAGUUCAUUGCUCGCAGCACUCCUUGCACCCCCAGAAGGCGAUAUCUACAUUGAUGCUAAUGGAAAUCAAUAUCCAGCGUUCGAGCGGAACCUUACCGUCGAUCAGUUCAUAAGACAAUGGUUCGUGCGAUCCUGCGUUCCUCGAUACCAUCUACGCGCGUUCAAAGAGCCCUUCGUUCCUAUCUCGCCCGAAGCCGCAAAUGUUCUAGAUUGGGAACGCCCCGCGAAGAUCUCACGGCCCGAUUCAUCAAGAUUAUACGAUAUUCAAGGAAUCCCGUGGUCCACGACGUUGAAGGUGAAGAGAUCAGAUGCUCGAGCUCUGAGGGAUAGGUUGUACACUUCGUAUCACAACCUGAAAUACACACCACAUGGCUAUCACAGACUGUUGCCAGAGAAGGAAGAUUAUUUCCGGCCAAAGACGAUGUACACCAAAUAUAGAGCUUCCAUGGCGCAUUUCCAACUUCGGAACCUUAUGUCCGUGACGGCAUCGAACACCAUACAGUAUGCGUCUCACUCAAAAGUGUAUUCUAUAACUCCGUUUUACGGCGAGCAAAAUUGCCUGAUGAAUCUCGCGGGCCCCGUUCCUUCCGCAACGUUCUUUGAUUCUGUUAAGAUAUCGACGAUGAGGGCGAAGCACGGGGUCACUGUCGUCGGCGGCUUCUCAGGCGAGUACGCUGUUAGAGGCGAAAUCAAUGACUUUGCGGUCAUGGACGGCCGCGUUACCAGAGACCCCAACGGGAUAACUAACCACAUUGAUAUCAUUAAACACCGGACGAGCAACAGCCCUCGAACCGUGAUAUCAUCCAAUGACGACCGCAUCCGGAUUCUCGACUGCGAGACGAAUAGAUUCGUGUCCAUGCACAAGUUUGCUCGCGCGAUCAACUGCACCGAUACCUCGCCAGACGGUCGCCUACGUGUGAUUAUUGGCGACGCGCCGGAUGCUUGGAUCAUCGACAGUGAGACGGGCAAACCGGUCCAGACCCUGAUCGGCCAUCGAGACUACGGGUUCGCAUGCGCGUGGUCGCCGGAUAUGCUACACAUCGCAACCAGCAACCAGGACAAGACCGUCAACAUCUGGGAUGCGCGCAUGUGGCGAACUCUGCAGGUCAUCGACUCCGACGUUGCUGGAUAUCGGUCUCUCCGCUUCUCACCCGUCGGCGGUGGGCCACGCACCCUGCUCAUGUGUGAACCCGCGGAUCGCAUCGCCAUCGUCAACGCGCAGACCUACCAGACGCGUCAAGUCCACGAUUUCUUCGGCGAGAUAGGCGGAGCGGAUUACUCCCCGGACGGCAGUCGGAUCUGGGUUGCCAACAUGGACACCAAGUUCGGCGGAUUCAUGGAAUUCGACCGUCGCGAGUGGGGGCAGGAGUUCGGAAUCGGACACACGCGACGGCGACGCAUCGAGGCUCAGGGUGAUUUUUAUUCUCCCGACCUGCCAAACGAAUGGCUGCCCGAGGCGCGGCUCGAUGAUGACCCGCGGUGCGUUCUGGGUUCAGGAGAGCGCAAGAUACGGUUUCAAAAGCUGUUCAACGAUACACAGUAUGAGAUGCUUGAUCCUCUCUUGGGAUAG